AAUUACAUAAUGGUGAAAAGUUCCUCCGAAUACGUAAAGGCUAUUGAAGGUGGUAUUCAGCCUACUCAGGCUGUGGAAACAAAAAUCUAUAAAAGACGAUGGUUGAUUCUUAUCAUUUUCGUUUUAUAUAGUGCAAGUAAUGCCAUGCAAUGGAUUCAAUAUAGUAUCAUCACUAAUAUAGUUAUGAAAUACUACGAUGUAUCUAGUUUUGCGGUAGACAUGACUAGUAUGAUUUAUAUGAUUACUUACAUUCCUUUUAUCUUCCCAGCAAGUUAUUUUUUAGAUAAAUUUGGUCUGCGAUAUGCUACGCUUCUUGGUGCCUUGGGAACUGCUGCCGGUUCCUGGUUAAAAGUAUUCAGCGUAAAUCCCGAUCGAUUUUGGUUAACUUUUUUUGGUCAUACUGUAGUUGCCUUCAGUCAAACUUUUGUACUUUCUGUACCAGCAAGAUUGGCUGCUGUUUGGUUUGGUCCUGAUCAAGUAAGCAGUGCCUGCAGUAUUGGAGUUUUUGGUAAUCAGCUUGGUAUUGCUAUAGGAUUCCUUUUUCCACCAAUGCUUGUGCCAAGUAGUGAUGAUAUCAAUGUAAUCGGUCAAGGUUUUCAACUUAUGUUUUAUAUCGUAGCUGCAUGUACUUCGGUUAUUUUUGUACUCAUUUUACUAUUUUUCAAGGAUCAACCACCAUUACCGCCAAGUCCAGCUCAAGCGGUUCAAAGGGAAGCGGAGGCAUCCGAAGACUUUUGGUUAUCAAUUAAGAGACUUAUUACAAAUACUGGCUAUUUGUUGCUCUUAAUCAGUUAUGCUAUUAAUGUAGGGAUUUUUUACGCAAUUAGUACUCUUCUCAAUCAAAUUGUUUUAAAACACUUUCCUGGCCACGAAAUAGAUGCAGGAAGGAUAGGACUUACUAUAGUGUGUGCCGGGAUGUUAGGUUCUGUUGUGUGUGGAGUCGUUCUUGAUAAGACCCACAAAUUCAAGGAGACAACUCUUGGAGUAUACAUAUUUUCGUUUUUGGGAAUGAUAAUUUUCACCAUUACGCUUGGUCUAGAAAAAAUCAUUAUUGUUUACGUAACAUCUGGUCUUUUAGGAUUUUUCAUGACCGGAUACCUUCCCGUUGGUUUUGAGUUUGCUGCUGAAUUAACAUAUCCAGAGCCAGAAGGAACGUCGGCAGGUUUGCUCAAUGCCAUGACUCAAGUAUUUGGUGUUGCUUUUACUAUGCUGUAUGGUUAUUUUUUUGAUAUCUGGGAUGAUUACUGGGCAAAUAUCGUUCUUUGUGUAGUACUUUUUGUGGGUGCCAUUAUCACCUGCAUUAUACCCAAUGAUCUUAGGAGGCAGAAUGCUAAGUUCUAAAGUACAACCACACAGCUUCCUUUCAGCUUUGCCUUUUAUUUAUUAUACAGGUGAUUAAUUUUAUCGUAUGAAUAGAACUGGCUGUAAUUCAGUUAAUCUAGUCACGAUAAGUGUUUAAAUAUAUGAAAAGAUUCAAGCUUUAUUAAAGGGAGCUUCGUUGCUGUUACUGUUGAUUUUUCUCUGCAUUAACACAUAAUGUAAUAUAUGUAUAUAAUGCAUUAUAAUAUUAGACCUGAAAGUUUAUUUUAUAAAUAUUACGGUGAGUUGUUAGAUAAUACUUUAGUCUUUAAUUAUAUAAUAAAUGUUUUUAAAUAUAUUGGAAUAGCUGUAUAUUAUAUAUGAAUCACGUGGAAGAUUAUUUGUAUACAUUUAAUAUAACUGCAUAAUUUAACGAUGAGCUAUUCACUCUUUAUGUGUGUAGUUAAUGGUUCUAUAAAAUCAUACCAGUAUAAAUUCUGUAGCCACAUUAAAUAUAUUUGAAUUUCAUAAUAUGAUACUAACUAAUCUUAAGUCAAGUUAGUUAGAUUAGUUGCUGUAAUAAUUAUUAUUUGUUAGUUGGUAUUUGUAAAUAGCACAUCCACAAAAAUCCAUCGACAAUAAAUAGCACUUCUCACAAUAAUAUAAUUGAUCGCUAAAAAGAUUUAAAAACUAGCUCCAAACAAUGGUGAAUCAUUCUAAAAAACAAUAUGUCUCGAAAUAUUCAAACAAUCAUUUUUUAAUUAUCACUUUUUUACAGAAAAUAUUUGAUACGUUAAAAAACUAUAUCUUAAAGCAUGAUUCUACAA